AUGAGAGCUUCGGUAUUUUUACAUUUCUUUCCCAUCCUAUUUGUAGGAGUCACUUUUUUAUCGACUCAAACUACUUCUAAGCCAUCGGAAUCGGAUCUGAAUCAUAUCUCUUCCAGACCCGAACACCACCACAGGCUUGUUAAGCGUGUAUGGACUUUUUGGUUAUUUGAUAAACCUUUUGGUGGACCAAAAGACGCGACGAUGAUCACACCUUGGUAUAUAUUGUUCAACAUGAUUUACAAUCGGGCUAAGACUAUCGGUACCCACGAAACUGUCCUUUUCAAAGUUGAUGGUACCAUAGUUAAUUGGGGGAACACUAUCAAAAUCGCGCACACCCAAGACACGUCCAACGUGCCGAAAAGCUAUGCAUUCCUUGGAAUGACUUCUGAUCUCAACCAAAGGAUUAAUCAGUACUCAUCUAUCCCAUCAACUUUCACGUGGUCUCGUCAAAACGGAAAAGCGGGAUUCAAAGGGAACGCUUGCUAUGACUUUGUUGUUUCCAAUGGUCCUAACAAACGUCCAGAUCACGAAUUAAUGCUAUGGCUUCAAUGGGAAGGAGGACAGCUACCAAUCGGCACCGGCGCUAAAACUAUUCGAAUCAGAAACCUUUACGGACAAGACUGGACUUUGUACCAGGGUCUUAACAAAGAUAUCAAUGUUCAAGUUAGAAGUUUGCUUCCUGAUCGUCAGUACACGAAUUCAUUCAAAGGUAACAUGAAGGAUUGGUUGAUGAAACUCGUCGAGGCUGGUAUCUUUCGAGCGGACGCAUACCUGCAUACGGCCAAUUUAGGGAUGGAAUCAUUUUGGGGUGAAUCUACCUUUAAAGCACAGUCUUCACUUCAACUUUUAUGGAGUGGGAACCAAAAUCAAAUUGGAUAUAAGCCUCCUGGAUAUAAACAACCUCCUGCCGGAACUGUAGUUCCGGGUCGCGCAAAGACUCGCUAG